AUGCCUUACCCAGAUGCUGAUUUGGUUUCAUCUUCAAACAAUCGUUUGAUAGUCGAGGAGCUAGAUUAUGACAUAUCAAAUUUGAAGAAUGAGUUUGAUCGGCUCUUUGUUUCAUUAACCGACGAGCAACGCAACAUUUUUCUUGAUAUAAUGGCUAAGGUUAAAAAUAAUAAGGGAGGUGUAUUCUUUAUUUAUGGUUAUGGUGGAACUGGUAAGACAUUUCUCUGGAAGACAAUUUCUGUAGCAAUUAGAUCCCAAGGAGAGAUUGUUUUAAACGUUGCUUCAAGUGGGAUUGCUUCAUUAUUAUUGAUUGGAGGUAGGACAGCACACUCUCGGUUUAAUAUUCCCAUAAAUCUUACCGAGGAUUCUUUUUGUAAAAUAAAUCCAAAGAGUGAUCUUGCGAGUUUAGUAAGAAAAGCCUCAUUGAUCAUUUGGGAUGAAGCACCAAUGGUACACAAGCAUGCAUUUGAAGCUUUAGAUCGAACUUUGAAGGAUAUAUUAAGACUUGUCGAUCCUAAAAACUCAAAUAUUCCAUUCGGAGGGAAAGUGGUUGUUUUUGGAGGUGAUUUUAGACAAAUUCUACCUGUUGUUCCGGGUGGCAGUAGACAAAAUAUUGUUAACGCUUCUUUAAGUUCUUCGUAUUUAUGGCAACAGUGCAAAGUCCAUAAAUUAACAAAAAACAUGAGGUUAACUGUUGGCGGCGAUUCAUCUGCUGUUCAUCGAAUAACGGGUUUUUCAAAUUGGCUUUUGGACAUAGGAGAAGGUAAUCUUGGUAGUCCGAAUGAUGGUGAAGCAAUUGUUGAUAUUCCAGAAGACAUUCUCAUUAAUGAUCCAUGUGAUCCUAUUGGUUCAUUAAUCAAAUUUGUAUAUCCUUCCAUUCUUGAAAACUUCAACAUUGCGGGUUAUUUUCAAGAAAGAGCAAUACUUGCUCCCAAGAAUGAAGUUGUCCAAGAAAUAAAUGAUCGGUUGCUAAAAUUGAUUCCAGGAGAGACAAAAGAAUAUUUAAGUUCAGAUAGCCUCUGCCAAUCUGAGUUUGUCCAUGAUCAGUUUGAUGGAAAUUUAUACUCACCUGAUGUUUUAAAUGGUCUUAAAAUCUCAGGUAUGCCAAACCAUAAUCUCAUUUUAAAAGUCGGUGUUCCAGUUAUGUUAUUGAGAAACAUUGAUCAGAAAAAUGGCUUAUGCAAUGGCACUAGACUACAAGUUGUAUCAUUGGGAAAACGAGUAAUCGAGGCAGUUAUCAUAUCUGGAAGUAAUAUUGGAAACCGGAAUUUCAUUCCAAGAAUGUCUUUAACUCCUACUGAAAACAAAAUCCCAUUCAAAUUCCAAAGAAGACAAUUUCCAUUGGCUGUAUGUUUUGCAAUGACAAUUAACAAGAGCCAAGGCCAGUCUUUAUCGAAGGUUGGAUUGUUUCUCAAGGAUCCUGUUUUUACACAUGAUCAAUUGUAUGUUGCUUUAUCUAGAGUUCAAAGUAGAGAGGGAUUAAAAUUGUUAAUUUUAGAUAACCAUGGUAGACUAUCAAAUAAAACAUCCAAUGUCGUGUAUAAAGAAGUUUUUAGAAAUUUAUAA